AAAUGAUAAGCCCAGAUGAGCCUCCACGCCAUUCGCCAUAACACAGCGCAGCGGGCACUGGGUCGCCGCUUUGGUAUGCUGAGCCCCAGCCUAAUGGAAACAUUGGGAGGCAUUGGCAGCGGACAACUGUCGUUUUCAAUAGCAUCGCCGUGGAAACACCACCAACCACGGCCGACGCCGCCAUUAGCAUCAUCUGUCCAAUGCGUACUUACCAAACAAGGCCAACGCUUUCUGACCAAGCUCGCAGCUAAUGCCAGAGACCCCAAGUUCACAAACAAAUUGAUAUCCAAAUUCCUAUCAAGUUCCCCAAAGUCCAUUGCUCUCAGCACUCUCUCCUAUCUUCUCUCUCCUGACUCCACUCCCCCCCAUCUCUCCUCCCUUGCCUUCCCUUUGUACUCAAAAAUCACAGAAGAGUCUUGGUUUGAAUGGAAUCCCAAGUUGGUGGCAUCCCUUGCUGCCCUGCUCGACAAGCAAGGCCUGCACAGCCAAUCUGAAGCUCUAAUCUCCGAAACCAUAUCCAAAUUAGGAUCCAGGGAACGGGAGCUUGCUCUUUUUCAUUGCCAGUUGCUUGAAUCACACUCUAAGCUAAGUUCAAAGCAUGGAUUUGAUAGUACCUACAGUUACCUCCAUCAGCUUCUUCGUAAUUCUUCCUCUGUUUAUGUUAAGCGCCGGGCUUUUGAAUCGAUGGUUGGGGGUUUAUGCGCGAUGGAUCGACCACAGGAAGCAGACAUUUUGAUUGAGGAAAUGAUGGUUAAAGGACUCAAACCAUCGGUUUUCGAGUUCAGGUCUGUAGUUUAUGGGUAUGGAAGAUUAGGACUUUUUGAAGAAAUGCUGAAAGUUGUGAAGAACAUGGAGGACCAAGGGCUUGCUGUUGAUACAAUCUGUUCAAAUAUGGUUCUUUCGUCAUAUGGAGCUUAUAGUGAGCUGGCUGCAAUGGUUCUGUGGCUCCGAAAAAUGAAAAAUUUGAGGCUUCCUUUCUCUAUUAGGACUUACAAUUCAGUCUUGAAUUCGUGCCCUACGAUCAUGGCAAUGCUGCAAGAUCCGAAGGAUGUUCCGUGUUCGAUUGAAGAACUCAAUGGGGUUUUGAAUGGUGAUGAGGGUUUGGUGGUUAAAGAGUUGGUUGGAUCAACGGUUUUGGAGGAGGUGAUGGUGUGGGAGUCUUUGGAGGCUAAGUUGGAUUUGCAUGGUUUGCAUUUGGGUUCGGCUUACUUGAUAAUGUUAGAGUGGUUUGAGGGAAUGAGACACAGGUUUAACUGUGGGGAAUGUGUGAUCCCGGCAGAGGUUGUCAUCGUUUGCGGGUUGGGGAAGCAUAGCAGUGUUAGAGGGGAGUCGCCGGUUAAAGGUCUGGUUAAGGUGAUGAUGCAUCGGAUGGGAAGUCCGAUGAGAAUCGACAGGAAGAAUGUUGGUUGUUUCAUUGCCAAGGGGAGAGCUGUGAAGGACUGGUUAUUUGCGAGUGAUUGAGAUAGAACUGUGUGAUAAACCCGGCAUGCUUGACAUUGCCUAGAAUGCGCUUUUUUGCGUUAGGUUUUCACCAAGGCUCGUUUAGGAUUACUUUUGUGGAUAACACUUUUACUUCUAAGUGCUGCUGCUAAAAGUACUUUCAUUAAAAACAAA